AUGUGCGUCGACCCCGCCUUCAACGUCGCGCCGCCACCCACGCACGUCGUGCUGCUGUGCGACGAGAACAUCGAGCAAGGCUUGUUCGCGACGAUAAACUCGAUCGUCGCCAACUGCGCCACCCCGAACGACCUGCACCUCCACGUCGGGCUCGAGAGCUCGAGGAUCGAGGCGUGCGCGGAAGAGCUCGAGGCGCUCUUCGGGGACAAGGUUCGCGCCCUCGAGGUGGUGGACGUCCACUCCGUCCCGACGAUCGUCCCGUGGUACCGCCGCGUUUCCGCGAUGCUCGGCGUCAAGCGGACGAGCAACCUCAUGAACUACGCCAGGUUCUUCGUCGCGGACAUGUUUCCCUCGCUCGCGUCGGACCCGAGGAACACGUACGUCUUCAUGGACGUCGAUAAGAUCGUGUACGGCGACGUGCACGCGCACGACCUCGAGCUCCGCGCCAGGUUCCGCGAGGCGAACGUCGACGGACAGUUCCUCGUCGUGGGCUUGGACGCGAGCAGGACCGUGUUCCGAUCGCUGGGCCUGACGUCGUGGCGGGACCGCGUGAGGUUCCUGAUCUUCUGCAAGCGGCACGGCCUGGACCACCGCCGCAUGUAUCCGUUCAACGCGGGGUAUUACGUCGCGACGAUCGGGCUGUUCCGCGGGAUUCCUCAGCGAUGCGAGUCGCUCAUCCGCCGAGGGCUGCUGAACAUCUGCACGUUCAACACACAGCCGCUCAUGAUGUGCACGCUCUGGGAUCGCACCCACGCCCUCGCGUGGAACUGGAACGUCGUCAACUACGGGUGGAAGCCCAACCUAUCCAUCGACCGCGUCAACAUGGGCUCCAUCCACUGGAACGGUCCGUCCAAGGGGUGGGACCCAGACAACGAGUACCACGCCGCCUUCGCCGAGUACGCCGUCUGCGACCGAGCUCGAGCCGCGGCCGUCGCCGCGGCGAAAAAACGCCGCGACGAACGCGACGCCGCCGUCGCCGCCGCGCGCGAGCUGGUUCAAGGCGUCGCAGCGUCGGAGACCCACGUGGGAGGGACGGCGGUGGCGGUCGAGCACGUGCCCGCUGACGCCGCCGUCAAGGUCGCCGCGUACUGA